UCCCGCCGAAGCCCACAAAGAUAGGCACAAACCCAUUUUGCAUCGUCUCCCUCGCCACGCCACGCCACACCACACCACACCACGCCACUGUCUAGCGACUGGAGUCUGGACCCCUCUCUCUCUCGCUCCCUCCCUCACUCUCUCUCUCUCUGGACUACACAUCUAAGCGCAUUACCGGUAAGAGACAUUUGGGUACUGGCCACAAAUGGAGGAAGAGAAGGACGCGUUUUACGUUGUACGGAAGGGGGAUAUCGUUGGCAUUUACAAGACUUUGAGCGAUUGUCAAGCUCAAGCCGGAUCUUCCGCGUGCAACCCUUCUGUAAGCGUGUAUAAAGGAUAUUGUUUGCCCAAGGAGGCAGAGGAGUACCUUGCCUCACAUGGGCUUAAGAAUGCAACUUAUUCUACUAGCGUUGUUGGUGUUAAAGAAGAUCUGUUUGGAAAACUUGUUGCUUGCCCUUAUCAGCAACCAGCUUCUUCUAGGGUAAAAGCAGCUAACGAGGAUACUCCCCCAAAGAGAUUGCUAGAAGUAUUUGAUUCAGACUUUGAGAUGGUUGGAUCAGCUUCAUUUUCCUCAAAUCCUCAGAAGAAACCUUUCAGAUUAGAUUAUUUCCAUGAAACUCAAGCAAUUUCAUUAAGUUGUCGUUCGUGUAUCCUACAGUUUGAUGGUGCUUCGAAAGGAAAUCCUGGACAAGCUGGUGCAGGAGCUGUGCUACGUGCUGAAGAUGGAAGUAUGGUCUGCCGAUUGAGUGAAGGGGUGGGCAUUGCAACAAAUAAUGUUGCUGAGUAUCGAGCUGUGAUCUUAGGUUUGAAACAUGCUCUAAAGAAAGGAUACAAAUAUAUUCGUGUUCAGGGAGACUCUAAACUUGUUUGUAUGCAGAUUCAGGGACUUUGGAAAACCAAGAACCAGAAUAUGGCUGACUUGUGUAAAGAGGCCAAGGAGUUGAAGGAUAAGUUUCUGUCCUUCCAGAUCAAUCAUAUUGUUAGGGAACUUAACUCUGAAGCCGAUACUCAAGCAAAUCUAGCUGUAGAUCUCAUGGAUGGACAAAUUGUAGAGGAUUGUAGAAAGAAGUAGCUCCAAUGUCAGAGGUGGUAGCUGCAUCCGUUUUUUGGUUGACAGAAAUAUUUGUUGCCUGACUUGUUUGGACUCGCUAGCCUUGAGGCCAAAAUCUAUUUGAUAUUCUGCAGUUGAAACGAAUUUAAGUGUACCAAAAUAUGCCAAGAUUAAUCGGUGCAAAUACUUUUUGGACGACCAAGGAUCAUAUAUAUAUAUAUAUAUUCAAGCUCUUAGUUUA